UCAGAAGAGGCCGCAGGAGCACCCGACCUAAGUUAAGUUAGCUAGCUGGCUAGCCAACGUCCACAAGUCACGAUAAGGAUAUCUCCUAUUAUUUGCAUGUUUAUAUUUACAUAUCAAGCGAGACAAAACGAAAUAUUUAGAACAAUAUGCAAGCUAGUAUAGCUAAUAUUACCUAAUUAGCAGACUGGCUAGAUACAAAGCAACAAGCGGACGUCCAAAGCGUACGGAUCAAAACCAAGUGUUAGCUAGCCAAUUAUUGCCGUUUACCGUCAUUAACUCAUUCUGUGUCUGUAUUCUCUGCUUCAGCACUUCGUUAUCGGUCUGCUGUCCAGCCACUUCCAAACGUAGCACAAUAGCAGUAUCUUCGUCGACAAGGUUGCCCAUUUCUGCCACGGCUGCUUGAACCAAUAACUCCAUGAUGGAGGCUAACUGAGUCUGGAAAGCAACACAAUUCGACAUUGUGCAAUUGAUUUAAAACCACCUAUUUUCGAGUUCGUUUAGAGUGCAUCUAUUUUAAAUACAAGCUUAGCAAACGAUACACACUUUUUGCCCAUAAAAAAAAAAAUGUUUAUAGUUAAUAGUUAGCUUGUGCUAUCCCUUAGUGCAAACCACCACCAUGCAAUCACACAAUUACCCUACUUCCGUUUGCUAUGUGGAGUUAACUUCAAAAUAAAAGUUACCAUAGACCUCUUAAGUGGACCGUUUUUUAAAAUGAAUAUCGGACCAUUCUAAAAUUCAUGAUGAAGUCAAUGUGUAAAAAACAAACAAAUAAAAAAACCGACAAGCAACUUCAGUAAGCACCGUGGUGAAGGUUUUAGAUUUUACUGCUGAAGCUGCAGCUUAUCCUACUGUAUAGUGGUCCAAAACAUUUUUGUCUUUUUAACUUUGAAAUCAACUGGGAUCACUGCCAUUUUUUGUUCACCUAUUUCAAAUCUUUUGCAGCAGCACUAUGUGUGUGUAAAAUAGCUGCAGUGGCUAUAUGGAGAUUCUGCACUAUCAGGGACAGGCUAAUUCAAUUCUUUGCCAACUGAUGCAAAGGUUUUUGAAAAGGACUAGAUUGUGAUCUCUGUCUGCCUAUAUAGACUAUGUUAUAAAUCAGUACUAAUCGUUAUUAACAUCAAAUGUACACAAUCAAAAUGGCACAAUUAAACUGGCAGAGUAUCCAUAAACUAAAUAUUACAACCGUGCCAGCCUGGCUGAAGCGUUUUUUAACCAGUCUAACCAGCCGCACGUAUUCUCUCCACACUCCAGUACACUAGGUGACAGUAUGUGCCUUUUCCACAAUUAUCACGCCGCACUAAAUCUUUCUUUGUCGGGGAAGUGGCCAAAGUCCGUGACAGGAGAGCUUUGUGCGUUCUUUUUCCUUUAUGUCCAUGGCGAGACCAGCCGGUACAAUGUCGAAUUGUGUUACUUUUCAGACCAAAUUAUCCUCCAUCGUGAAUGUUUUGGUUCAAGCGGCCGUGGCAGUAAUAGACAACCUUGUUGACGAGGACUCUGCCUUCACGUUACGUUUUAAAGUGGAUGGGGUGGACAGUGAAGUGCAGAAGAAGAAAAUACAGACACAAAACGAAAUAAUAUCGACACGAUUCGCCUCAAUCAUGGGAAUACUGGGAAAAGAGGCCGUUGAGAAAAUUAUCAAGCUUGUUGACGAGACGAAACCAGAACUGAUGGAGUGUGAAAUCGGAACUGUUCAAGAAGCAUCGCCAGAGAAUCAUGUAAAAAGUGGUACAGAGGAGGAGAGCUUCCAGGAUGUCUGUAUGGAAAACGAAGAGCCCUUUAUAGUUGUGAAUGAUGAAGACAGUCAACUGGAUCCAGUUAUCCUGAAAGGCAAGGAUAUGUUUGAAGGCAAAGGAGGCCGAUCUUGGGUGUGGGGACACUUCACCUUGCUCUCUCCCAACAAGGUGCAAUGUGGUCUUUGUAACAAUUUGCUAAGCUAUUACAAGAACACAUCUGGGAUGCUACGACACAUACGGUCAAGACACCCUGCCGUGCAUCAGUGCGAUACUCCCAGCAUUGUUAUGGCUGCUAUACAGACUGAAUCAGACGGCAUGAUUGGACGGUCUGAACUGGAUGCGGAUAUGGAAAUGCCGGAAGGGAGAAUUGGCCGAUCUUGGGUGUGGGACUACUUCACCCUGCUUAACCCCAACAAGGUGAAGUGUGGCCUGUGUGAAAACCUGCUGAGCUAUAACAAAAACACGUCUGGGAUGCUGAGACACAUCCGAACCAGGCAUCCUGCCGCUAUCCUCAUUGGGGCUUCUGCAGCACACACCGACCCCGAGGCCUUCUUGGGACAAGCUGAACUGGAGGUGGAGUUGGAUUCAUCUGAAGGCAGAGGAGGCCGCUCUUGGGUGUGGGACCACUUCACUUUGUUUCCGCCCAACAAGGUGCGAUGCAGUUUCUGUAAGAACAUGCUGAGCUACAACAAAAACACAUCCGGGAUGCUGCGACACAUAAGGUCAAGACAUCCCAGCGUACAUCAGUGUGCCAAUUCAGUUUUUGUUGGCGCAGAGGCUAAACGAGCCUACAGACCUGGGGGACAGUGCGGAGCCUCCUCUGAUGAGGGAGGAGAAACCUGAAGAGGACUCUGGGAGCACUGACCCACCGCAAGCCCUAAAGAUCAGUGCGCAUGGAGCUGUCGAGUCUGUCUCUGAUGUCGGAGUGAGAUCACACUUUCACUCUGUGCCAUCAGUGCUGUGUUGUUAUGAGGGGGGUGAUAACGCACAGCCCACACGUAAAGUCAAAUUCUGUUAUCAAAAGCAGGAUAAUUCUGUUCGGAGUGGCAGCUUCAGCACAGCAAACCGCAAAAAGACUCGCAGCAGAGCAGGAAGAGAGGAGAGAAGCUGUUCGGUUGCUCAUGUUGUGGGAAAUGUUUUUAUGUUGCCUUCAGUAACACCAACAAUUUCACAGGGGAGAAUUUCACAUCAGCCGUUGUGAUAAGAACUUCAGCUGGAAACCACUAGGGCCAGAGAGAGACCUUAUGUCUGAUGUGAAAUGUUUAUCUGAUUUCAAAACACAAAGUUACAUCACAUCUGUGACCUUUGAGGAGAUGAUAAAUGGUAAAUGGUAUGCAUUUAUAUUGUGCCUUUAUCCAAAGUGCUGUACAAUUGAUGCUUCCCAUUCACCCAUCCACUCACACACCAAUGGAGAUUGGCUGCCAUGCAAGGCACCAACCAGCUCGUCUGGAGCAAUUGGGGGUUAGGUGUCUUGCUCAGGAACACUUCGACACACCCAGGGCGGGAUCUAACCGACUGUCAGACGACUGCUCUUACCGCCUGAGCCAAUGUCGCCUCCGUGAUAAAGUUGUAUUCUCUAAAAACACACCAUAUAAUUUGCACAGAAGAGAAACUGUCUGUAAUGUGUGUGGGAAACAUUUCCACAAGGCAGAUCAGGCAUCAGGCUACUCGCACAGUAGCGAAACAAAUUACUUGUGCUCUACGUGUGAAAAAUCCGUAGUUCAGGAAAUCUUAAUGGCCACAAGCGAAGUGGAGUGAAAAUUUUAGCUGUGUUACAUGCAAUAGCCGAUUAGCAUGUGCUAGGAGCUUCAAAAUGCACCUUUGAAUUCACAGUGGACCGAAGCCAUUUAGCUCUUUAAUAUAUGGGAAACAUGUACAUGAAGCAGUUGGCCUUAAAAAUAUAAGAUUGCAGAUUAGGGAGGUUCGGCCUGGGGUUCGAGUCGCCCACUAACACCGUUCUGUACUGUGAUCGUGUCUAUUUGUAACCCUGUUUUCCCAAUAUCUGAAUAAAGUGAAGGAGGAUGGUA